AAUUAAUUUUUACUUACCGAAUUUAAUUAGCUAACUCAAUACUAAUACAACUUAAAUUUCACAACCCAUUCUUUUUUCAAUUUUCCAAACCCAAAUUGUCUUACCUAGCCCAUUCUUUUUGUAAAUCCAAUCUUCUUAAACCUCAUAAUUGCCUAGCCCAAUUAAAUUGAUAACCCUAGAAAGACUAUUCAAAGCCAAAGAUUUCAGAUUUGCUUGUCGCUUGCGAUUCCUCAAUCCUCCAAUCUCCAGUCUCUUAUGUUGCUCUGCACUAUAACUCUUUUUGUUUGCUCAAUCCUCUGUCCUUAACUCCUCAUCUCAUCUAUGAUUCCCUUCAAGAUCAAUAUCUCACCGUGCUAUCACUACCUUUGAAAUCGACAAUGGCGAGCUAUUGCUUGAGUUGCCUCCACUCCACUCAUGGGUCAUCACUCACCUUCAACUUAGGUCAUCCUUCUUCCUCUGCAACUCUACCUCUAAUUCUCAAACUUUCCAAUGCCAACCUCCAAGUAUCAAUUAGCUGUAGUUUUUGAAACUAUAGUUUUUGUGCUUUAGUGCUUAUGAUUUAGAGUACCGGAAUAUAUGAUAGUUUUAAUU